AUGUUAAAGACACUGAACGACAUAUACACCCCAGUUCUAAAGCUAAUGAAGCUUUUCGAAUCCGAUGACGGACAUACAAACUUGAAGCAGUUCGAACACAUGCCAGCUGCAAAACAUAUCUUUUUGCAAAUAUACUGCGGCUCGAUGAUGUUUCUUUAAUUUCUCAUCUUUACUUCCCUUCUCUGAGGAAUUUCAUCCUUUAAAGGUGGAAAAUCACAAGCUAUCCGAGGUAGUCGAGUUUUCAGACAAGAUGCUCUCGUUUCUCCUCGGAAUCAUAAUCAUGUAUAAGUUUCUAAAACAUCUUUAUUCUAACGGCACGGAUCCAAUAACCCUUGCCAUAACUCUGUGCUGGCGUCUGAUUGCAGCAACUGUUUUAUUGCUUGUCCUUUAUUUUGGAUCUAAAGUGAGCGAAAAGGUAUAUUUCCGGGAAAUACAUCUAGUCAUCGUUUCAUCUGCCAUUUAAAUUUCAAAUAGACUUCGAGACCACUUGAUACUAUGACAUUGGAGUUACGUCAAAAUAUUUCUUUUUUAAUUAAAAUACUAAGUAUUUUAAAAAUUCUAUAACCUUCUUUUUCAGAUUCUUAAGCUGUAAUUUGAAAGGAAAUGCGAGCAGCGUGUAUUAAACGAUCAAACAAACAGUCCGUAUUCCAAAGCAUGAAGAGCUUUUUUAUUUCUUUUUCAGCUCAUUAAAAAUCAUUGAAUGCAAAAUCACUAACCAAAAAAAGAAAAAAAAAGGUAGAUAAAGACGUCGAUAAUUUUUCGUGAGUUUAAAAAAAAAAAUUAUGAAAUUUGAUUACUCCUCUUCGUCGCGGACUACUUAUCCGUUCCAAGAGAAAUUUACGAAUAUACCCUGAGGAGAACUUAUCAGUUUGUAAUGGUAAUAACUGAAUUUGUACCUGACUUGCAUCAAUUAUUCAUAGAGAAGAUUAAGCAAAAAGCUUUUCGUCGGCAGGAAUCGGUGUUUCGCCUGAGCAUAGAGACUCGAUCGUCAGAUUCCUUACCUUUUGGAGUUUUCACGUGGAUUCUUUGCCCAUCACUCUCAAAGUACCGUCCCUAAAUAUCGAGAUGCUUCACAAUUACUUGACAAGUUUUCAUUGUAUAAAUAUAACUCAUGAACGUGCUUUUCGGAAUCCUCUUGCGAUUGAGGGCCGGACUAUUUCUUUCACGUGGGACUAAAUAUGGAAGAAAAGUGAGAACCUCUCAUCGAUAGUCGCGAUCGUAUCUCUGAAAAAGAGUUACGUCCAUAAAGAAUAAUUUGCAAUUUAAAAAAGAAAAAAGAAGAGGAAAAAAAGUAAUUAUGCAAAACAAAUAUUAAUUUUUUUUCUUUCUUUUCUUUUUCUUUUUUUUAAUGAUGGUUCUUAAAUUUUGCAGUGCAUAUUGUAACUAAACCGAAUUUUAAUUUCGGGAGAAAAAUGAAUAUAAUAAAUGUCUCCCGAAGACACUUUACAGGCCUAAGUUAACUGAAAUCAUCAUUACUAUAUUUGAGUUUGCCAUUGACAUGUACUUAUCAUUUAUUGGCAAGAAAAUUAAAAAAAGACAGCAUGUGGUGUGAGGAACACUUAAAAUAAAACUUAACAAUCUCAUAUAAAAUAUUAAAAACUUAAGAUCUCUUUCUUUAUGUAAGGGUUAAUAUUAUAAAGUUGUCGGAAGGUUUGAACACAAAAUAUAAGAUGAUGUUCCCCUUGGCGUGAGAAGCGCUUAAAGGAACCUUUUUGCUUUUUUUUGCCGUCAUCAUCGUUGUUGUUGUUUUUCAUUUUUGGUGCACUCUGCUUUCAGCCAUGAGUAUGAAAUAUAAGUUGUGUGAGAAAAAGCUAAUAUUUUGAUAUAAGUUAUUUAUGAAUCACUGAAAAGAGCUAGAUAGAACUGAAGCAUUUUGAGAAAUACAUGACGCUUUCAAUAAUUAAAGGAAAUUAAUUCACUGAAACACAAUUAACAUCAAAGACAAACCGCUACCAGCCGCAGUUAGAAAGUUCUUUUUUUUUUACUUUAGAUUUGAGAUACUGAAAAACUUGACAGGAUCUUUUUAAAUGUGGAAGAGUUUUAGAAAAACAAAAACAAAUACAAAGAAAAGAAGCAAACUACAACCACAUCAACAUGAACUAAAACUGUACCUUUACAAACACUUGAAUAAUAUUUGGCUUUAGGUUUUAUAAAGUAAUUUUCUCUUCUUUGUUUCUAUCAUACUUUAUUCGCGGGCCCCCUGGGGGAAAGUUUACUUUUUUAAUAAGUAUUUUCUUGUUUUUUCGAUUUUUAACUUUAUUUUGACCGGUAGUAUAGGUACAGAGAAACAGUGGGAGUUAAAAAAACAGCAAUAAGUAUUUAUAUCAAGGUGGGAGUAAUUGCGUUCAGGGUUCGGCUUUUUAUCAGUUUCCUUCAUCCUAAAGGAAGACUUUUAAAUCACGAGGUUUGAGGUUUCAUUCAGCAAAGAAAACAGAAAAUGCCAUCUUUAAUUCACAUACAGCCAACAAACGAUCAAACUUCUAGAGAAGAUUCGUCAAACCUGGAACAAAAAGAUAUUGACGAACGGCUCCUCAGAACAAUUGGUGAAAUAUAUAGCCCCGUGCUAAAAGGGAUGAAAUGGUUUGGUUUCUACUUUCGAGAUGCAUCCCUACGACAUUUGUCCAGUGCGCGUGUAGCUGGGACUGGCAGGAAAAGGAACAUUUUUGCAUUGCUCUAUUGUGGUGUAGUACUCGCUGGUCAUUGGUUUAAUCUUGUGAUGGCCUUUACUGACAUCUUCUUUGGAAAAAGUCCUUUCGUCUUCAUGAUGUUUUGUGUAUGGUGUCUUUUAAUUGCACUCAAUGGCUUGGUUUGCCUUUAUGUGCUAUGUGUAUCUUUAACAGACACAGGCUACUCUCGAUUUGAAAAUUUUAUUCUUGACCUGAGUGCUUUAAACAUCAGGGCAGAUUUAGAAAAAUUGAUGAAAAAAUCAAGAAAAGGAAUGGCUGCAUUUUGGAUCUGGUUCUUUAUAUCUGGAGGCGGUAUCUUCUUUGUCAAUUUUUAUAUAAACCUGAAACUAGCAGAUCACAAGCCUUGGAAUGCUUGGUCGGGCUUGAAUAUCUUUUCUGUAUUUUUUCUUUUUAUUGGAACUGCUCUGUGGGUCUUACCAAUUCUGUUUCAUCAUAUCACAUGCGAAAUACUCAAGGAGUUGUUUGAUGAUUUGCAUAAGAGAAUGUCUUCACGUGUAUCUGCCGUCCCGUUGCGUUUUGAGGCAUUCAAGAUGGAGCACCAUAAGCUAUGUGGAGUAGUCGCAUCUGCUGACAAAGCGCUUUCACCUCUACUUCUUGAAAUGGUUGGUCUGUACAUCCCAUUGCUGAUUCUCAAUUUGUACGAGAUAAUCAACUCACCAAGUCGUACAGAAAAAUAUGAAUUUCUGGUGGCCAAUAUCUUCUGGCUACUAGUUUCAAUUUCUUUCUUAUCAAUGAUAAUGUCAACUGGCUCCAGCAUUUCUGAAAAGGUAAGGUAUAGGAUGUUACCAAGGGUAAGCAUAAUUUUCACUACUCAGUACAGAGCCUGUUAAUUUUCUACAGAUGAAAACUGUUCAGUUGGUCUUGCAUUUGGAUAUAUCGUAAAGUGUCGGACCGCAGUCUUCAAUAUUGACAUUUUGAACUGUCCUUGCCAAACGAUCUGGGGCUGUAGAGUAUACCCUUGAGAUCAGGCAUUGGAAGUGUCUGCACCUAUCCACAGAUUAAAUCCCAAACAGGCGCAUUGUAAGUCUCUCCGUAAGAUCUCGAAGCUCAGGUGCCGAAAAGAUAACUGUAUUCUUAUCUCAGAGACGUAAUGGUUUCCUUUCCAGAUCAACAGCUUCAAAGGGAUUUUGCAAACCUUCCCUGUUUCAAAGGAGGACGAAGGGAAGGUAAGUUCCGUCUUUGGAUAAAUUUUGCAUGAAAAAUGUUAAUAAUUUGUCCCCUGUUUUCAAUCCCCGCCUUUACAACACCUUCUAAAUUUUUUUUUUUUUAUUUAAUAUACUGAAGUCUCCUUUUUAACAGGUAGUAAUGUUAUCUCUUCUUUUAAGUUACUGCUGUUUGUAUUGGAUCUUCAAGAUGAGCCAAAAGGUCUUUCCCUCGGAGGUUGUGUUGUCAUCAACAAAUCACUCUCCUUAAAGGUAGGAACAUCUCGCAUUUGUUUGCAUGACGCCCAUAUCGAACUAAGAAAAAUACAAUCCAACUCGCAAAAUUUAAUUUGUCCGCGUUUUAUACACUAAAGCAUCCAGUAAGGUGUAUGUAUCUUUUCAGAUUGUCGGAUUGAUCAUCUCCUACUUCACGGUGCUGUUAUCUUUGCCAAGAUGA